UGUCCAAUUUUUUUUCAAGUGGAAGCAAAGAGACGAUACUGCAUGUACGCUUAUGUGUUUUUUUAUAUGAAUGCUGCAAGACGAGUGUUAGAUUGUGUUUUAUCUGAAUACAAGGGUCGUUUUAGACUUAAAGAGAAUAUUUCGGCGGAUAACAAUACAGUGUAUAGAAGGGAAAGAUGGAUGGGCCUGCGCAUGGAUUUAUAACUAAAUGCUUUGUCUUUGUGGCCAUCGUCAGUUACCAUCUUUGUCUUGGAGAUCUCCGCUAUUCCAUCUCGGAGGAAACGCGAAGAGGAUUUGCAGUCGGAAAAAUUGCUUUAGGCAUAGACAUGAAGACUCUGUCGUCUCGCAAACCUCGUGUGGAUUUUGAUGGCUCUAAACGAUACUGCGACAUUAACCUGAAAACUGGAGAGCUCGUUGUAAAUGAGAGGAUCGAUCGAGAGGCGUUGUGUGGUCAAAAACAAUCGUGCGUAAUUCAUUUUGAUUUUUUUCUUGAGAACCCUUUAACACUGCAUCGGGUGACCUUGGAAAUAGAGGACAUAAACGACAACGCUCCGAAAUUUAGAAAUGAAGCCAUUGAUUUAGAAAUUCCAGAGUUGGCGAUUAAAGGAGCUCGCUUUUCUUUAGACGAGGCAUAUGACCCGGAUUUCGGUGUAAACGGUGUGCAAAGCUACGCUCUGUCAAACAAUGAACAUUUUAUUCUGUCUCUUCAAACUGCGGCGGAUCGUGGAAAAUUCCCAGAAAUUGUGUUGGAAAAUGAGCUUGACAGGGAGAAGCAGGACCGAUUGUCUCUCAUUUUAACGGCUUAUGACGGAGGCUCACCACAGAGGACUGGCACUGUGCUUGUGAACAUCCGCGUUUUAGAUGCGAACGACAAUGUGCCUGUUUUUUCCCAGACGGCAUAUGAGGUGAGUCUGCCUGAAAACGUCCCUGUUGAAACAGUAGUUCUCACAGUCAGUGCCAACGAUGCAGACGAGGGGCCAAAUGGGGAAGUGACCUAUGAAUUUAGCUACCUUUCCAUCGACUCUGAAAAUAUGUUUACUAUAAACCAAAAAACUGGUGAAAUUAAAGUUAAAGGAGAGAUAGAUUUUGAAGAAUCUUCUUCAUAUGAACUCCGCAUUAGAGCUAAGGAUGGAGCCGGCCAAGCAACGUCGUGUACAGUUCUUAUUAAUGUUUUAGAUGUGAAUGACAAUGCUCCGGUCAUAAUUGUUAAAUCUUUGAACACACCUGUUCACGAAAACUUGCCUUCUGGCUCAGAAAUAGGGAUCAUAUAUGUUCAAGACAAAGACUCCGCGUCUAACGGCGAUAUCAGAUGCUCUAUAGAACAACGGGUACCGUUUAAAAUGGUCCCAUCUGUUAAAAAUCACUUCGCAUUGGUUACUACAGCCGAGCUGGAUCGUGAAGUGCAGGCCGAGUACAACAUCUCUGUGACUGCAACAGACGGAGGCUCUCCUCCGCUAUACUCGUCCAAAACCUUUCAACUAAGUGUGGCUGAUGUGAAUGACAACGCACCUAUAUUCGAAAAACAGUUAUAUAGCGCUCAUGUUGCAGAAAACAAUAAGCCUGGUUCGCCUGUUUUAUUAGUCACUGCAAAAGACCUCGACUGGAGACAGAAUGGCACUGUUGUUUAUUCUCUACUUCAUUCUAAUGUCAAUGGUGCACCGGUUUCCUCCUUUUUAUCCGUUAACGGAGACACCGGGGUCAUUCAUGCCGUGAGGUCGUUUGAUUACGAGCAGUUGAAAAGUUUUAAAGUGCUGGUGUUAGCCAGAGAUAACGGUUCACCUCCUCUGAGCAGUAACGUGACAGUAAGUGUCAUCAUAACGGAUGAAAAUGACAACACCCCUCAGAUUUUAUACCCCUCUCCGGACGGAAACUCCUUCAUGACCGAGCUGGUACCCAAAGCUGCGCAGGCGGGCUCCCUGGUGUCCAAGGUGAUCGCAGUGGACGCGGAUUCUGGACAGAACGCGUGGCUUUCCUAUCACAUUAUUAAAGCUAGUGAUCCGGGACUUUUUACUAUCGGUGUCCACAGCGGAGAGAUCAGGACACAGCGAGACCUUUCUGAAACUGACAGCAUGAAGCAGAACAUUAUUGUCUCCGUGAGAGAUAACGGACAGCCCACUCUCUCUGCCACGUGCACAUUAUAUUUACUUAUAUCGGAUAACUUGGCUGAAGUUCCAGAACUGAAAGACAUGUCUCAUGACGAGAGCAGCUCCAAACUCACUUUUUAUUUGAUCAUUGCGCUGGUAUCCGUUUCCACUUUCUUCUUGACUUUUAUUAUUAUCAUCCUGGCCGUGAGGUUUUGUCGCAGGAGAAAGCCAAGAUUGUUGUUUGAUGGAGCUGUGGCCAUUCCCAGCGCGUAUCUCCCUCCAAAUUACGCAGAGGUGGAUGGCCUGGGAACUCUCCGCAGCGCUUACAAUUAUGACGCAUACCUGACUACAGGCUCGCGCACGAGCGAUUUCAAGUUCGUCAGAUCUUACAACGAGGGCACACUGACUGCUGACCUGACCCUGAAAAAGUCUGCUGUGGAUGAUCUUGAGGGACUUGACGCGGAACUUAGAGAAUCGUUUGAGGUAUGA